AGCUCAGCUGGCCAGAGCCACUGAGACAUCCGCUCCCUUACACGGACGCGCCUGGUAACUCCGUUAAAUGCAGACAUCUAGAUACCAAUGCUGAAAAGCCUAUUCGUGCAUAAGACAGUUUGUACCCACGGCGGACCGCUAAGUCCGUUCUGGGGCUUUAUAGAAGAUCACUUUUACUUUAUUCACAGUGUUGGGUAACAUGGAUUAUUAUGAAACAACGAGUCCAUUCUACGACAUAGAAUAUGAGCUCUCGGAGCCCUGCCACAAGGCCGAUGUGCGGCAGGUGGCGGCCAGGCUCCUGCCUCCUCUCUACUCCCUCGUGUUCAUUUUCGGCUUCGCCGGCAACCUGCUGGUGGUCCUCGUCCUCAUCAACUGCAAACGGCUGAGGAGCAUGACCGACAUCUACCUGCUCAACCUGGCCAUCUCCGACCUGCUCUUCCUCCUCACUCUUCCGUUCUGGGCCCACUACGCUGCAGACCAGUGGGUCUUUGGAAAUAGGAUGUGUCAACUCCUGACAGGGGUCUACCACAUAGGUUUCUUCACCGGGAUCUUCUUCAUCAUCCUCCUGACCGUCGAUAGGUACCUGGCGAUCGUCCAUGCUGUGUUUGCUUUAAAGGCCCGGACGGUCCUCUUCGGGGUGGUGACAAGCGUGGUCACCUGGGUACUGGCUGUGCUGGUCUCUGUCCCAGGGAUCAUCUUUAGCAGGUCCCAAAAGGAGGGUUCUCGUUUUACGUGCAGCCCUCACUUUCCAGCCAAUCAGUAUCGCUUCUGGAAGAACCUGCAGGCACUGAAGAUGACCCUCCUGGGCCUGGUCCUGCCCCUGCUCGUCAUGGUCGUCUGCUACUCCGCCAUCCUCAAGACCCUGUUCCGCUGUCGCAACGAAAAGAAGAAACACAAGGCUGUGAAGCUCAUUUUCGUGAUCAUGAUCGUUUACUUUCUCUUCUGGGCGCCCAACAACAUCGUCCUGCUCCUGAGCACCUUCCCGGAUUCCUUUGGCCUGAAUAACUGCAGUAGUUCCAACAGACUGGACCAAGCCAUGCAGGUGACGGAGACCCUGGGCAUGACGCACUGCUGCGUCAACCCCAUCAUCUACGCCUUCGUCGGGGAGAAGUUCAGAAACUACCUCUUGGGGUUUUUCCGAAAGCACAUCAUCAGGCCCUUCUGCAAACACUGUUCUAUCUUCCAGGGAGAGGCCCCCGACAGAGCCAGCUCGGUUUACACCCGGUCCACUGGAGAGCAGGAAAUCUCCGUCGGCUUGUGACCUGGGCCAGGUGUUUGUACGCAGCCUGGGGGCUGGAGUGAUUCUUUUAAAAAGGAAGUGACUGUCAUAGAGGAUCUAAGAGUCACCCAUGCAUCUGGCAUCUGAGUAUAUCACAUCGUUGGAGCCUGUCACUUCCAGAAAGCCGAAUCAAUGCACGUUGAUGACAGGGCAAACCUUCUCUUCUCCCCUCUGCAUGCAGCGGUUUAUUGGCACACUCCUCCUCUGCCGCAAAAGUUCAUUAUAGAAAAAAAGAUCCUCGGAGAACUGCUAAUUUUUGAGCUUGGUUAUCUGGACAGGAACAACAGAAGUAAUCAAGACAGGUACCUAUGUUGUCUGACCUGCUCAAGGCCACAGGUGCAGGUUGUAAAUGUGCUGAAAGCUGGUGCCUGUGGUGACGCGUUAAGAAACGAGCCCUUCCAGGAAAGGUCUCCCUGUCACGGGUGUAGCUGGUAAGUUCCACAGGUGAUCAGGGCAGGGUAAGGACUGGGAAGCCUUUUUCAGGGAGAAGGAGAAGGGGUGAGGAGGGGGGAGGCUAAGCUCCAGGUUGCACAUACGCCCGGCGGCUCCGUGGUGGGAGGCCGGCAGUGGCCGGGGAAAGGAUGGGUGAGCCUGGACCGUGGGGAGCGUGCACAGUCCCGCUUGCCAGAGCCACAGCAGAGCCGGGGAGCCCCUGGGCACCGCUGCAGAGAGCUCAUUGCGCGGCCGAAGGGUGGCCUAGAAGGAUGGACUUUGAGUUCAGGUGAGGCGAGGAGUCUUCCAUGUAGGUGCAGACACCAGGGACGGUGGCACCCUCACAGCAUGUAGGGAGAGAGUCAGUGGGACUUGGGGAGGGCUGGGGUUGGAGGUGAGGGGCCGUGGGGAGGCAGAGGGAACCUCUAGGCUUCAAGCAUGCGGACUGGAGACAUCCUGAAGGAAGUCUUCGGGCAUGGAAAGGGGACAGGGUUUGUGUCAAACCCGGGAGGGGCUGGUGGGAGACGAAGGUCUGGUUUUGCAGGCUUGAACGCAGCCUUCUGAAGGCAGAAGCUGGGCUGACUCUCGGUGGCCACCCCUGCCUUCAGAGGUGUCCGCCCCUUCCCAGCUCCCACGACGGGGCGUCUCCAGGAGGCUCGGAUACACUAGGUUUAGGAAAGGCGUGAGUCUGAGGGCCAGGAACACUUUUACGACAGAUGUGACAUCCAGGUGAGGACUGACUGUGUGGUUAAUGAGCAUUAAGCAAAGAAGCCCCGGAGAAGGGGGGCAAGCCAGGGUGAUUAAGUUCCUGCCUGCCGGGACACCCCACUGCCUAAGCGCUGUCUUCCAGCGUGAGGUCUCCGUGGGCAGAGGGCAGAAGAGACACAUUCAUUUGGAAACAGGCCACCUCCAGCUGACUCAGCUCUAAGAAGCACAAUUUUACGGAACUUUGUGUUUCGGGCUGAGUGUGGUGGCUUCAGACACUCCUUCCGACGCCUUCUCUGGACACUCCGUGCCCCCAAACACUAAGAGAUCUAUUCCUUUCAAAGAGAGGGUCAUGAUUUCGUGUUUGGCAGUUGCUACUUAUUUGGUACAUGCCUGAGAUUAUUUUGGAUUUGGGGAGUAGCUAAAACCAUUUGGGAAAGAUUAGAUGAAUAGACAUUAAAGUAGGGAGACUCACUCAAGAGAUAAGGUAUCAGAAUAAUAAGAGGUGCUACGGAUUUUUCUCAGCUCUGAAAUGUGACCUUGAGAGCAUGGGUGUCAACGGGGAGCAACCGGAAGUGCUCUUAACGUUGUUUCAAGGGUACAAAUAUCAUAUGACCCUAGCCUCUGGCUCAACUCAAAGGCACUCUGCUAUCUUUGUGUAUGCAUGCAUAUCAUGUAUGAUACGGUAUAUCUUAUGUAUAUAGAAAGUUACAAAUUGCUUGGAAGAAAACCCUAACCUAAUAAAAACCACCCUCUAAAAUAA